AUGACUUCCGAAACCCUCCAUGUUGCUAUCAUUGGAGCAGGCGCAACUGGCCUGCUCAUUGCGCAAGGACUGAAAAAGGCCAACAUCCGGGUGUCUGUAUUUGAGGGAAUGUCGCAAGACACAUAUGACAACAACCCAAGAACUUGGACUAUGGCCCUCCAUUGGUCUCGCCGCAAUGUCGAGCAGUGCCUCCCGGCUCACUUGUUUCGCGACUUAUUUCUGGCAUAUACGAAUCCUUGGCAGGAGCCAUCCCAAGAACAAGCGCAGAGCUUGCCGAUUUCUGACGGCAAGACUGGAGAGCUUCUGUUUGCAGCUCCGGUCGAUGACGCGAGACGAGUCGUUCGCCAGAAGCUUCGAAACCUUUUUCGACAAGAGCUUAACGUGAACUUCGGACACGAACUUCUGGAAGUCAAAAUUCACCAAGGAGAAGUUGUACUUGCCUUCCAGCAUGGCGAAAGUAUCACGGCCGAUAUCGUCAUUGGAGCUGAUGGAGCCAAAAGCGUCGUGAGGAACCACCUGGUCGAAGGCGAAGCAAGAACUUUGAAACGAGUUCCUUUGGUCUCAACGAACAUCGGAUGUCGCUAUUCCGCAGAACAAGCAAUGUACCUUCGCAAACGAAUCCAUCCCAUUGCAAAUAUGUCUGUUCAUCCAGACCAAGAAACAUUAUUCUUUUUAGCUCUGGCCGAUGUACCUGAUCCCAAAGACCCCAAAACUUGGGAGUUCCAAGUAGCCCUUUCUCUGUGGACCGACGAGGAGCCCCCCGAAACAAACGAAGGCCGAAUGAAGCUUUUCAAAAAGCUUGCGGGCUCAUAUUGCGAACCAUACCGAUCCGCGGCGCUUUGGGUCCCGGAUGAUACUUAUAUUCCAAGAGAUAAGUACGCGGAGUGGACCAGUAUCGUCCCCUGGAACAACUUUGGCGGUAGAAUUACUUUGGCUGGGGACGCUGCGCAUCCGAUGUGUCCGUUUCGAGGACAGGGCUUGAACAAUGCUUUGCAGGAUGCGGGUAAUUUGGUGAAUGCUUUGGUGGCGGUGCAGCAGGGUGCCAAGAGCAUGGCUGCUGCGAUUGACUCCUACGAUGCGGAGGUUUAUGCCCGAGGAAAGAGAGAGAUCGAAACCUCGGAAGAGUCGAUGUACGGACUUCAUCAUUAUGAUGCUGUGAAGUCAUCUCCUCUCAACAACAUUGGCUUACGGGAGCAGAAGAACUAG